AAAUCGGGGCUUUUGACAAAACAUGCGGGACUUAAGCAAAGCUCCGCCCUUGGGCUACAGCCUAACUACCGAAUAAAACUGUUGUUUUUAUUGCUGCUAUUGCCGAUGGACAUGCUGCGAUGUUUUGGAAGAGACUGCCCUAAAUUUUCAUUUUGCGUGGGACCAUAGACUGUAAAAACGCGUGGGACAGAGCUGAGAAUGAAAACCAUGAAUGCUGUGAAUGCAGUUCAACUGUUCAUUGUAGUUUGGACUUUUACUGCUGUCUGUCAAGCUGACGAUGACAUCAGUUUAAGCUGUAAGAAUGUGACUGGAACUGUGGGUGAAGAAGUAACUUUCACCUGCAGCGUCUCUCUGACGUGCUCUCAAAGCUCCAUUACAUUGUAUAAGUUUCUAUAUCCUGAGAAAUAUAAUGACCCCACAAUCUGUAGAGAAGAGUUUCCUCCUGGCUCCUGUGAACAGAGAAACAGCUUCACAUGCAGAUUCACUCCAACUACAGCAAUGACAGGACAAUUCAGAUUCUUUAUCCAAGCAGUUUGUGGAUGGGAACUAACUGAAUUCACUGUGAACACAACAGAGCCAAGGAAAGAAGGAAAUCCUGGGGCAAGAACAGGAGAUAAUCACGUAUUAGGAGAUCUAAGAUCCAGGAACACUGUAGUCGCUGUAGUUGUGGGCUGUUUCAUCAUCAUCGUCAUCAUCAUCAUCAUCGUUAUCAUCAUCAUAAUGACAAUCAUUUCCAAAACAAACUACAAACUACUGCUUUUGAGUCACAGACAUGAUGAUGACAACAGCUACUGUCUAGAAAAUGAGAUCUCAGAAGAUCAAGAAAGACAAAAGCAGUUAUCGAUCAUCACUGUCAGCUCUGAAUAAGCCCAGUGCACAUCCCUAUGAGGUAUGAUUUAUACUGAAUUCAUGUACACUUUAAAUGCAAUCAGCAUUGUAAUGUUUGUCAAGUCUUGUUACUUCUAGAUUUUAUUUUUAUUUUUUAUAUUAUUUUACAACACAUUAAAGAGAAUGUAUAAAUGUGCAGAUACUGAUCUGGAAGAAAUGGCACUAAGAAAAUGAUUAUUUGAAGAACUUUUCACAAAACGGUUCUUCAGGGAAGCAAAAAUGUUUUUCCUGUGUCAAUGCAUGGUAUAUAAAAACCUGUGUGGUUCUUCACGGCACCUUUAUUAGGUGUUCAAGCACGAAGUGCUGAAAACCUAUUGUAUUUGCUAGAAAGAAA